AUGGUCAUCAGCUAUGUAACCACGCAACCUUCAGUCUCAGCUACGCCUUCAUACGCAACGACUCCAUCCCAAAGUUCAGCCGCUACCUUUGUCGUUUCCUCCUCAUCUCUAGUCAUUAGCUAUAUGACCGCGGAGACCUCAGUGCCAGCCUCUACUUUUACUGUUCCCUCCCCAUCCAUAGUCACAAGCUAUGUGAUCACGCAGCCUUCGGUGUCAGCCACGCCUUCCUACGCACCACCUCCACCAGAGCCCACAGCAAGCGACACACCACCCGAACCCACCAACCCCAACAUCCCCACCCACCCCGGCUACCGCUCAGUAGCCUACUACGGAAAUUGGGACAUCUACGCACGCAACUUCCAACCCCAGCAAAUACCCGCAGAGCGACUCACCCACCUGCUCUACUCCUUCGCCGACAACAAGCCCGACGGCACCGUCUUCCUCACCGACACAUAUGCCGACGCGGAAAAGCACUAUCUGACUGAUUCCUGGAACGACGUGGGCAACAAUCUUUACGGAUCGAUGAAGCAGCUUCAAAUCCUGAAGGCCAAGAAUAGGAACUUGAAGGUGUUGCUCAGUGUAGGUGGUUGGACGUAUACAAAAGUUGCCAAGCACAUGGAUGGGCCUAUGGCUACGGACGCAGGCAGACAGCGCUUUGCGUCUUCGUGUGUGGAGUUGAUUCGCGACUAUGGCUUCGAUGGCAUUGAUGUGGAUUGGGAGUAUCCUACCGACAAGGAGCAAGGCGGGCAGUUACUUGCGCUGUUGAAGGAGACCAGAGGUCAGAUGGACCAGUAUGCCAAUACGCUUGUGUACGAAGAUGAGUCUGGAUCCGAGCUAAAGCCCAAGUUCCUCUUGACUAUUGCUUCGCCAGCCGGGGAGAAGAACUACAAGCAUCUGCCCUUGAAAGAGAUCAGUGCAGUCACAGACUUUAUCAAUCUGAUGGCAUACGACUACGCUGGCUCCUGGGAUGACCAGACUGGCCAUCAAUCGAACCUUUACCCUUCGACCUCGACUCCCCUGAGCACGCCCUUCAAUACAGCUUCCGUUCUGGCCGCCUACAGCGCCGCGGGCGUUCCUUCCUCCAAGCUCAAUCUUGGCAUGCCGCUUUAUGGUCGCUCCUUCACCAACACUCAGGGUCUAGGAACGUCGUUCAGUGGCAUCGGCACCGGAUCGUUCGAGCGAGGCGUCUAUGACUUCAAGGACUUGCCCCUUGCAGGUGCACAGGAGUACUACGACGAAGCGAGUGGCGAGUUCGUCAGCUAUGAUACUGUGGCCAUGGCGCUCAAGAAGGUCGACUACAUUGCAGAACAAGGGUUGGGUGGCGCAAUGUGGUGGGAGAUCAGCGGUGACAGGACAGAUGACAGCGGGAGCAUCGUGACAAACGUUGUCGAGAAGAUGGGCAGCGGGAGUGGUGCAGGCAUCGAGUCAUCGCCCAAUUGGCUGCUGUAUCCUGACUCCAAGUUCGAUAACUUGAGGAAUGGCGUGUUGACGACACCUCAGGUCGCGGGGCGAUUGCGCAGGGGGUGA